AUGCCGAUGGAGCCCGACCUGUACCGCGCCCUCCGUGCGAGGGACAUUCGGCGUGUCCGCGAGUGCCUUCGGGACUGGGGCAACGAGAACAAGAGGGUCUGGUGGGGGGCGGGCGGUGCGGGGAGUACGGCUCUCACCCCUCUACACGUAGCGAGCAAGGGCUCGAGCCAGGAUAUCCUGAGGGAGCUCCUCAAACACCCCGAGAUCGGCCGCAGCAUCAACACCUUCACCGACAAAACGAAUGUAGGGCACGCGCCGUUCGUCACUCCCCUCCACGAAGCCGCGGGCUCCUCCUCCCCGGAAGUCAUCCGCCUCCUCCUUGACGCGGGCGCCGACAUAUCCUCCCCGUCGGGCGACCUCUCCACCGCCUUCCACAUCGCAUGCUCCCGCGGGAGGCUCGAGACGUGCGUCGAGCUCCUCCGGCGAGGGUCCUCCCUCGAGGGUCGCGACGGCGAGGGCAUGACCCCUCUCCUGCGGGCGGCCGCCAACGGCCGCGCGGACGUGACGGAGUGGCUGCUGAGGGAGGGGGCCGACCCGGCCGCCGUCGACGCCAACAGCAACACCGCGCUCGCGCUGAGCUGCCGCGCCACGGGACGGCUGGACGCCGCGAAAGCUCUGCUGGACGGCGGGGCCGACGUGUUGGUGGAGAACUCGGACGGUUGCAGCUGCGUAUCGCUCGCGGUGAUCUCGGGGAGGACGGAGCUGCUGGACAUGAUGCUGGCGGCGAUGGCGAGCUCGGGCCAGCGCUUCCGGGACGGCGGCGGGGACAUGCUCUACGAUGCCGUCGACCAUGGGCUUGGCAAGGUAGUCAAGCUCCUCACCAACGUCCGCGGCCGGGAGCUCGGCGUCAACAUCAACCGCCCGAACCCGGACAAACAGGGGACGACCCCGCUCCACGCGGCCUGCUUCCGCGGGCAGCAGGCCAUAGUGGCGCAGCUACUGUCGAGGGGCGCGAACCCCGACGCUGCCGACGAGAACGGACUCCGGCCCCUCCACGUAGCCUGCGCGUCCCCUGACAGCGAGCCGAUGGUCCGGUUCCUGCUCAAGGGGAAGGCGGACGCGAACGUGAAGGACAACUUCGGCUGCUCCCCGAUAUACUACGGUUUCGUCAGAGGCAACGAUGACAUCGUCAAGUUCAUGCUUUCGCACGGCGCUAGCCUGUUCCGCAUGGACUUCGACCAGGCCCUCCGCAUCGCGUGCUUUUACGGGAUGAUCUUGGAGGUCGAGUCACUCCUUUGGAUGGAGGCCGAUGCCUCCGCCGUGCUCUUCAACCACCGGGACCGCGGAACCGCCUUCCACCCCACGGUAAACCCGGCCGUUCGCGACGGAAUCAACGAGCUCCUGUCGGACAGCAACAGCGGGGCCGACGACAACGACAACGCCGACGGCGGGAGCAACCGGCGAAGCACCGGGGGCGGAGGAGGAGGAGCCGCGGCGGCGGCGGCGCUGAGGGCCGCGAGAGAGGCGGCGGCGGCCUGGGGGGCAGGGGACGGCGGGUGCGCGUCCCCGUCGAAGACUAUGGCCUCCUCGGCGUCCACGAGCACCGGGUGGACGAGCGGGGCGGAGUCUUCCUCGUGCAGAGAUGGCGGCGGCGGGUACGGCGGGGGUUACCAGAGCAGCAGCGCGGCGAGCGACAUCGACAGCGGCGUUGGCGGGGGGGGGAGCGUGCGCCCGAGUUUCGGGCUCGGGCGAGAGGACCUCCCGGGCGAGAGCAGCGAGGAAGAGGACAACAUCGGCGCCGAUGAGGACGAUGCCUUCGUGCUGCCGUCAAUGCUCACCCUCGAGAACGACCUCAUUCGGGAAGGGUCUUUCUUCGCGAGCGCUGGAGGGAAGGGGGGGGGGGGGGGCGCCGGCGGCAGGAACAGCAGCGGCGGCAGCGCCGCCGACGCGUCGCUGGCGUCGACAGGAGCAGUGGCCGCGAUGAGGAGGUUUGGACAGAGGGUCAAGGAAGGCGUCGUCGGGCCGGCGGUGGCGGCGCCAGCGGCCCCGGCCGGAACCGGAGUCUUGGACGGCGACGGUAGGAACGGCGGUAGCGGCAGCGAUGGCGGGUCAUCUUCGGGGUCUCCCAGCCACGGGGGAGGCGGCAGCCUCAAGGACAAGGCGAGAGCGAAGCUUGCCGGCGUGGUAAAGUGGGCGCAGAGCCCGCGCAAGGCGCUCAGCCCGCGGGGUCGUGCUGGUGUACGGGCGUUCGCCGGUUAGACUGAGCGGACAGGGAGACGAAACAGGGGGGAACGGGAGAUGGGCUAGCCGGCUGUCUAUGCAAGGGUUGAUCUCUCGCUCACGUGGAUCGUGUCGUGGUACGGCAGUAAGUAGUACCGCCAUUUUUCGGUCUUUGUGUUCUCGGAGGAGAGUUUGUGUUUUUCCUGCUUGGUUUUGUUUGCCUCUGCUGUUUAGUUUGGAACCUUCAGGCGUGCGCAUAUGAAGGGUUUGGUCUCGCGUGUAUGUGUUGUGCGCGUAUGAAGGGUUUGGUCCCGCGUGUGUGUGUUGGUUUGUUGGAGGUGAAACGGGUUUCAUAUGUUGAUGGUGGUAUCUCUUUCUUCAUUGUUGGCUUGAAAUUACUGGACAAGGCACAAGUAAGACGUACGUAUAAGAUAGAUAGCCUUCGGUGACUCUGUUGAACCGAAUCAAUCGUGUUGUGCGUUUAUCCCGGCGCAGCAGUGCACGCUGAAUAAAUAAAAGAAUUCCGCGGUGCACGCAAGUGGGUGCAAACAGUGCCAGAAGUUGCCUAUUGAGCUGUCUUUCCGUUUGGCCGAAGCGUCACCGCAAGUGGGGGGGUGCAAACAGCGCCAGAAGUUGCCCAGUGUGCGCGUUUUGCCCAAAUACCAUCGCCUGAAUGAAAUAGAACGGGAGAGAGAGGCCGCCAAAAUGAUAUAUUUAUUGCCCGUGGAGGAGCAUCUAUCACUCCGUUAUUUCGAUACCAAGUUCCUCCUAGCCUAAUGAUAAAUAGAUAAAAAAUUUCCACGCCUGGCUCUUGAGUCAGUCGAACAGCAGCAAAAAGGCUCGAAUUAUGUACUUGUAUUAUUUUUUUUCAUUUUUUCCUCUCAGGGAAACGCGAACGGGCACGCAUGCACGUAUAGACUAUAUGUCCGUCCUCUGUCGAAUUUCGAAAACGAUUUUUUAUGUUAACGGGUUGGUUGUUCUGUUUGUUUGGCGGCGUGCUGUGUGACCAACUUGUUAUGUUGGCCGAUAAUCGUUAUUGUAGACUAUGGACACAGAAACGGUGAUACACGGCUAGGGGUGUACUGUAAGUGGGUUGUGAACGAGCGUUGUUUGAGGCUUGGGGGGAGGAGACAUAUCUAGACUAUAUAUCGUCAUGACGUAGCUUGCUUUGCCUAUACUAUGGGCUCGACGAACAGACAGGACGGAGAGCAUUUCUUGAUUUCUGUUGGAGAAUAAAGUAACAACCAAGAGGGGUUGCUUGCAUGUUGAGGGGCUGUCAGUGUGUUGCCAUGACAGACCUAUUUACGUACGUACGUGGUUGGUAUCUUUUAUCCUUGACAAACGCGGAUUGACAACUACGUUUUUGUUCCCGUGAUCAGUCAUUUUUUUUUAUAUUCGAGCAGAGAGAGUUUCCGUUGUGGAUGGCGGAUGGUUUUGAGUCUCAACCAAAAAUGCUCAGCUUUGAUGCGCUGUGGGCAGGG